AUGGACUUCUCCAAGAAGCGCAAAACUGAAGAGAACGGCGACGCUGAUUCUCCCUCGUCACAACCCUCCCCCCCAUCUCCCACUGCCACCGUCACCACCACCGCCCCCCUCGCCGCCGAAGACAUCCGCAAGAUCUUGCGCCCGUUCUCCCAGGAACAACUCCUUGACCUCCUCCAAUCGGCGUCGCUCCGCCACCCCGACGUCCUUGACGCUGUGCGCGCCGUUGCAGACCGCGAUUCUACCCUCCGGAAGCUGUUCGUUCGCGGACUCGCCGGCGAAACCACCAGCGAGACCCUGCGCAGCGUGUUUUCUGUGUUCGGUGAACUCGACGAGGCCAUCGUGAUCUUCGACAAGGCCACGGGACGCUCGAAGGGCUACGGCUUCGUGGUUUUCCGCCACGUGGAUGGCGCCAUCCUCGCGCUUAAAGACCCGAGCAAGAAGAUCGAUGGCCGUAUGACGGUCACGCAACUCGCAGCGGCCGGUGGGCCCGGCGGUUCCGGCGAUGUAUCGGCAAGGAAGGUCUUUGUUGGGAACGUGCCCUUCGAGAUCUCCUCGGAUAAACUCCUGUGCGAGUUCCUCAAGUUCGGAGAAGUCGAGGAAGGGCCUCUAGGGUUUGACAAAUCGAGCGGUAAAUCGAGGGGUUUCGCUUUCUUCGUUUAUAAGACGGAGGAAGGUGCGAGGGCUUCUUUGGUGGAACCUGUUAAGACCAUUGAUGGGCACCAAGUGAUUUGUAAAUUGGCCGUCGAUAGCAAGAAGACGAAACCUUUUGGAGGGGAUCAACAUCAGCAUCAGCAUCAACACACGCAGCAGCAGCAGCAGCAACAGAUGCAACAACAAGGUCCUAUGAUGGUACCUCAGUAUGGUGGAUAUGGUGGGAAUGGCUAUGGAAUGCAGCACCCGGUGCCACCGUAUAACAAUCCGGUUCAAGUUUCUGGUAGUGGUGGGUAUGGCCAUGGAAUCGGUGGUGGCUAUGCUAAUUCGCAGAUGGGUGGGCCAGUUUCCGGAGACAUUGGUGCUAGACUGCCUCCCAAUUCUGGUGGUGGAUUCCCUGAAGGCUCCCAGUAUGGUUAUCCUCCUUCUUCUACGCUUCCACUGCAGCAGCAAUUGCCCAUACCUAGGCCUCCUCCCGGAGGAAUGUACCAAGGCGUCCCACCCUAUUAUUGA